CCCUCCCCUUCACACUACCCACACAGACAAGACACAACUCUUUCUCUCUCUCUGUAAUUUUUCGUGAGCAGUUGUUUGUCCCAAGAAAUUAAACUCCGAGAAAAGAAAGGAAUUUUCUUGGGGAACCAAUUCGAGUAAACCGGUGGAGAAGAAGAAGAAGCUUCUUUGUUCUGGAGAGAGAGAGAGGAAAUGUCAACGAGUUCAGUGAAUCAGAGAAACGGUACGCAUAGAAGCUCUCUCAGAGCUCACUCCUCUGCUUCUACUUCCGCUGCUGCACACAAACCUUCCCUCAAAUCUAAGACUGUGCUUCGGAAAAGCAGCCCCGCCGCGCUCGGUAGCGGCUCCUCCGCCGCGGCAGGUUCUAAGUCUGGAAACGGCGGCGACGCUGGUGUUCCUGGGAGGGUUCGUGUAGCUGUAAGGUUAAGGCCAAGGAAUGGCGAGGAGAUGAUCGCUGAUGCUGAUUUUGCUGACUGUGUUGAGUUACAGCCUGAGGUGAAGAGGUUGAAACUAAGGAAAAACAAUUGGGACACUGAUACGUUUGAGUUCGAUGAAGUGCUUACUGAGUAUGCUUCUCAGAAGCGAGUUUACGAAGUUGUGGCUAAACCUGUCGUCGAGGGUGUGUUGGAUGGUUACAAUGGGACGAUAAUGGCGUAUGGUCAGACCGGUACUGGUAAGACAUAUACACUUGGGCAGCUCGGGGAAGAAGACGUAGCUGACCGUGGCAUAAUGGUUCGUGCUAUGGAGGAUAUUUUAGCUCAAGUCUCCUUGGAGACUGAUUCUAUAUCUGUCUCCUAUUUGCAGCUGUAUAUGGAGACAGUACAAGACCUUCUUGAUCCGGCUAACGACAACAUUGCCAUAGUUGAAGACCCGAAAAGUGGAGAUGUUUCUCUUCCAGGUGCCACCUUGGUCGAGAUUAGAGACCAACAUAGCUUCUUGGAACUGCUUCAACUAGGAGAAGCUCACCGGUUCGCUGCUAACACUAAAUUAAACACCGAGUCAUCCCGUAGUCAUGCUAUCUUAAUGGUUCAUGUCAGACGCUCUUUAAAAACAGAAAGUAAUGGAAACUCACACAUGACUAAAUCUCUCAAGCCUCCUGUUGUCCGGAAGGGGAAACUAGUUGUGGUGGAUCUCGCUGGCUCGGAACGUAUCAGUAAAUCAGGAAGUGAGGGGCAUACACUGGAGGAAGCCAAAUCUAUCAAUCUCUCUCUGAGUGCGCUUGGCAAAUGCAUCAAUGCACUUGCUGAGAACAGUUCUCAUGUUCCGUUCCGUGACUCAAAGCUAACCAGAUUGCUUAGAGAUUCAUUUGGAGGCACUGCGAGGACAUCAUUGGUUAUUACAAUUGGUCCAUCACCACGACACCGAGGAGAGACAACAAGCACUAUAAUGUUUGGUCAAAGGGCAAUGAAAGUGGAGAAUAUGGUGAAGUUAAAGGAAGAGUUUGAUUACAAAAGCUUGUCUAAAAGGCUUGAGGUACAACUAGAUAGUCUAAUCGAGGAAAACGAAAGGCAGCAGAAGGCAUUCGUUGAUGAGAUUGAGAGAAUAACCGUAGAGGCACAUAACCAAAUCUCUGAGGCUGAAAAGAGAUAUGCCAAUGCACUAGAGGAGGAGAAGCUAAGGUAUCAGAAUGAUUACGUGGAAUCAAUAAAGAAGCUGGAGGAGAACUGGUCAAAGAAUCAGAAGAAGCUGGCUGCUGAAAGGCUUGCACUCGGAGAGAAAAAUGGCCUAGACAUCACAUCAAAUGGAAACAGAUCCAUUGCUCCAGCAUUAGAGGAAGUCUCUGAACUGAAAAGAAUGGUUCAGAAAGAAGCUCAGCUGAAGAUGGCGGCUGAAGAGGAAGUGAAUAGACUGAAACUGCAACUCACCGAGUCUAAAAAAGUUGAAGUAUCAGGAAACUCUGAGAUCAUGAGACUCCAUAAGAUGUUGGAAACUGAGACACAACAAAAAGAAAAACUAGAAGAGGAAAUAGCGACGCUGCAUACUCAGUUACUGCAGUUGAGUCUUACUGCUGACGAGACAAGGCAAAACCUAGAGAGACAUGGUUCACAGAAAACAUCUGGUGGUGCUCUAGAUUCUUUUAUGUCUCAGUUAAAACUUCCUCAGUUACAAGAUCCAGGAAAUGCUGAGAAACCUCCUGUAGCUAAACUAUUUGAACAAGUUGGGUUGCAAAAGAUUUUGUCUCUUCUUGAAGCUGAAGAUGCUGAUGUAAGGAUUCAUGCUGUCAAAGUAGUGGCAAAUCUGGCUGCCGAAGAGGCAAAUCAGCAACAAAUCGUGGAAGCUGGUGGUCUCACUUCAUUACUGAUGCUUCUGAGAAAUACAGAAGAUGAAACAAUUCACAGAGUUGCUGCUGGUGCAAUCGCCAACCUUGCAAUGAACGAAACCAACCAAGAGCUGAUUAUGGAUCAAGGAGGCAUUGAUUUAUUGUCAUCAACAGCAGCUAAUGCUCAAGACCCUCAAACUCUUAGGAUGGUUGCUGGAGCCAUUGCUAAUCUAUGUGGAAAUGGUUUAGUCAUCAUGGGACAAGAUUAUUCAUACACACAGCCUUCUUCAUCAGACGAGCUUGACUUGACGUAUCUUCUUGAAGCAGAAGCUCAAAUUUACAAGGAUGAAGCUGAGAGUAGUUUGUACAUUGCAGAGUCGUUUCAGUACACACCUUCACCCGAGGCUGACGAUGGAAUACCGACGACUUGCUACUGUGGUUCUGAGCCGGAAAUUGCCAGAUCUCACACGCAUAAAGAUCCAGGGAGAAGGUACUACACCUGCCCCAAUGUGGAUGAUGGGGAAUGCCACAUUUGGAAAUGGUGGGACGUAGCUGUUACGGAGGAGAUGACUGAGGUUAAGAGAGAAAUGAGGCUGCUUAAGGAUCAAGCUUUUCAGUGUGAUCAGAACGUGGUUAAGCUACAGAAGACAGUUUGUGAGCUACAGAAGACCGUCUGCGAGCAAAAGAAGAGCGUAUGGGCGGUCAAGAAGCCCUAUAUGAGGAUAAUGGUCUCAGUCUUGACCGUUCUUUUAGGUUUCGCGGUCAUGUACAUGUCUGGUAAGUAUGUGUACUCUGCUUUGGUAUUGUUAAAGCCAUUUUGUAUAACGUUGUGACUGUUUGAUCUCAUUUAUUUGCAGGAAUAAGUUCGAAGACGUAAAGCAAAGUCUACAAAAGCAGUGUCUCUUUAACUAGGAACUAAGAGAGGGAAGUCACUCUUAAUAGAAGAUGGUGCACUCUCUUGGAUUGUUCAAAAUGCCAAAACCGAAACUACAGCUAUUAAGCGGCAUAUCGAAUUAGCUCUCUGCCACUUAGCUCAACACGAAGGGAAUGCGAAAGAGAUGGUAAAGGAAGGAGCAAUAUGGGAACUGGUGAGGAUCUCAAGAGAAUGUUCGAGAGAAGACAUAAGAAGUCUUGCUCAUAGGACUCUCACUUCAAGUCCCACUUUUCUUACUGAACUUAGACGUCUUCGUGUUGAUAUCCGGUAAAGCCGGUUUUAACUUCUUUAACUUAGACGCUUUGUUGUCUGAUUUUUUGCUUUUCUUUCGGUUUAGGCUGGUUUGUGGUUUUCUUCGUGGCUGUGGCUUUUUGUUUUGUUUGAAUGUGUAUAUUAUUUUGGUGGUUUUGUUUGUGUAUAUUGACGUAUUAGUUCAAAAUUUUAUAAUAAAUUAUGCAUCAGUUUUUU